GUUUCCGGUAAACAUGAGUUGCGUCCCCUGUUCCCUGGCGACGGCAAUACUACCAACGACGGCGAAGGUUGCUAAAGCUGAGGGAUAUCUGUAAACUUUAGGAACAGUAUCCAAUAACCAACGAAGAUGCCGCACCCACGCUCCGCUCGCUCUGACAUGAGCGAUGCUGAUAUGGAAGGACUUCAGGAGCAAGAGCUCAUUAAACUGCAGCGCAGUUACCGCAACAUGGAGGGUGACAGAGCUGCCUACACUGAGGAGUCUCAGAAUCUUAUUCGUAAACAGAAAUCUGAGGUCAGGCAACUGGAGGGUGAGAAGCAAGAGCUGCUGAAAGAAUUGCGAUUGGCUGAGUCUCGCUCCAACCAGAACAAAGAUGAGGACAACACAGAUACCCUUGUCACUCUUCUUGAAGCCAAAGACAAGACUGAGGAUGAAAUGAAAGAAGAGGAAGACAUGCAGAGAGAGCUAGAUGCAAAGAUCAGGGAGUGGGAGAAAAAGAUAAAGAAUCAGCACAAGAACAUGGGUGGUGUGCACAUGAGCUCACAGCACACGACACAGAUGCAGAAAACACAGAGAGUCCUGGACAAUCGUCUUGAUCAGUCCAAGAAGCGAUUCAAUGACUGUCUGAGCCAGAAUGCCAAGCUGAGAGACGAGAUUGAGAGCCACCGCACGGAACACCGUAGGUUUGAGAAUUUGUACAAGAAACUGGAAAAGGAGCUGAAGAACUUGAGAAAAGAGAUGGCAGAAAUUAUCGAGUCUUCCACUUCAGCUUAUGAUGCAAGAGAUGAUGCUCAGGCCAAGAUGAUCAUCCUGAAGGAGAAGGCUGACAAGGACGUGCAGCAACACAACACCGAGAUGAAGGAGCUGGUCCGUAUCAUCGACCACGACAGGAAGCUCAAGGAGUUCAUGGGGAUCAAAGGUCAAGAGAGGCAGGAGGACCCUCAGCUUGUCGCUUGGAGGCAGCGCAAAGAAGCCCUGGAGGCUGAGAAGAAGAAGGAGAGCCAAGAAGACUCUGUGGAGACGUACGAGGAAGCCUUCCAGCGAAUCCGUGCCAUGACAGGGGAGGAUGACAUUGAUGUUCUCGUCAACCGGUUCAUCGAGGUGGAGGACACGAACUUUGCCCUCUUCAACUAUGUUAAUGAGCAGAACAACGAGAUUGAAAAGCUGAAUGAGGAAAUAUUUGCUAUUCAGCUAGACAUUGAGAACUUCAAGGAUCAAGGCAUUGAGCUGGAGAGUCAGAGGAAGGUCAUCCUGAAAAAUCUGGAAGAAAGACAGAGCAAAGCAACUCAGGAUGCAGAUGAAUAUGAACAAAAAUAUAAGGAGGUUUCCAAAAUUCUGGAUCAACUCAAAGCAGGUAUUGACUCCUUGUUCAACAAGAUCAACUGCGAUAGGUCAGCCAUUGAUGACAUGCUGGGGGCAUCUACUGGUGUCAGUGACAGCAACAUGCUACAGUAUCUGGGUAUCAUUGAACAGAGGACAAAUGAACUCCUUGCUAUCCAGACAUACGUUAGUUCCAAGGAUCAAGAGAAAUAUGACCCCAAGGCACCUGGGCUUCUUGGUGAAGGACCUGGCGCUCCUCAGCAACAGUUUCCCAUUUUGGCUCCAGCUGUUGGGGAUGAAUAUGAAAGUGAAGGCAGUGAGGGAGAGGAGGAAGAAGCACGACCUUUCACCCGCAAUGAACUCCAAGCCAAGGUACUCAAGACCGUGGAGAAGCGGGAGACUGCAGCAAAGAAGGAAGGCUUCAAGUAUGACUUGUCAGGAGCAAGAGAAAAGGCUCAGAAAAACCAGAAAAAAGAUGGGAAGAAAUAGAUGAAAAACCAUGUGAAACAAGGAACAAAAACAUCGUCAUUGCCUUGAAAAGUGAAAAGAGAUUGUUCUGAUUUUUUGUGUUCCAUAUUUAAAAUUAGCAACACAUCAAAGUAAUGUUUUUGGUAUAACACAUGUUUUUACAUCAGUGCAGCAGUACAAGUUUACUUUUGUGAAUUACUUACUAUGGAAUGUUAAAGUUUAACUGAGAAUACUUUACCUUCAUAUCUUACCAUGCGUUUGUCCAUUUUGAGAGAUAUACAAACAUCUCAACUGGCAAACCUUUCAUGUGUUUAUUAUACUAUUGAGAUGUUAUUGUUAUUAACCUUUUCUUAUUUGUCCCAUAAGGCAGUGUUUUUUAUUUAAAGCCUUAAAAGGAUAGCUGGAAAAUGUGGAAGGGGUAAGACUUGUACAUAAAAUAAAUUGUGAGAGAGCUGUAGCACUUUUAAGUUACAUAGAGCAAAGAUACUUAAAGCGCCUGUGUACGUAUUCUUUCUCUCCUUUAAAAAAAAAUAAAAGCAAGCUAUAUGAAAAUGAUUUUGUAAUGGUGUGUUUACCUUGUGAUUUUAGGCGAGAAAAAUAAAUCACAGUUAAUUUGAAU